CAGUCCCGGGCUGGAGCUGGGGGGGGUUCAGCCUCCUCCCGACCCCCCGCAGCCCGAGCUGGCCUUCACCGAGGCUCAGAAGUGGAUCGAGCAAGUGACAGGCAGAAGUUUUGGUGAGAAAGAUUUUCGUUCUGGAUUAGAAAACGGCAUUCUUCUGUGUGAGUUGCUGAAUGCAAUAAAGCCGGGAUUGGUAAAAAAGAUCAAUAGACUACCGACCCCCAUUGCAGGUUUGGAUAAUAUCAUCUUAUUCUUAAGAGGCUGCAAAGAGCUGGGACUUAAAGAAUCUCAGCUUUUUGAUCCUGGUGAUCUGCAGGACACAUCAAACAGAGUGACCAUCAAGAACAUUGACUAUAGUAGGAAGCUGAAAAAUGUAUUAGUCACCAUUUAUUGGCUAGGGAAAGCGGCAAACAGCUGCACGUCGUAUAGUGGAUCAACCCUGAACCUGAAGGAGUUUGAAGGUUUGCUGGCACAAAUGAGAAAGGAAACGGAGGAUAUUGAGAGCCCAAAGCGCAGCAUUCGUGACAGUGGCUAUAUAGACUGCUGGGACUCUGAACGCAGCGAUUCCCUCUCCCCACCUCGCCACGGCAGAGAUGAUUCCUUUGACAGUCUGGACUCCUUUGGCUCCCGCUCGCAGCAGACACCAUCUCCAGAUGUAGUGCUCAGAGGGAGCAGCGAUGGGAGAGGAAGUGACUCGGAAACUGACCUGCCACACAGAAAGAUGCCAGAUGUGAAAAAAGAUGAUAUGUUGGCGAGGCGGACCUCACACGGUGAACCCAAAUCAGCUGUGCCUUUUAACCAGUACCUCCCGAACAAGAGUAAUCAGACUUUCUAUGUACCUGCUCCACUUCGGAAAAAGAAAGCUGAGCGAGAAGAGUACCGAAAGAGCUGGAGCACGGCGACUUCGCCGCUAGGAGACAGACCUUUCAGAUUCGGCCCCAGAACUGCUGUGUCUGAUGACGCAGAGAGUAUGAGCAUGUUUGACAUGAGAUGUGAAGAAGAAGCUGUGACUCAGCCUCAUAGCAAAGCUCGCCAUGAGAAACUGCAGAAUGUACACAACCAGCUGAAAGAGGAUGAGACCAGGUGGCAAGAUGACCUGGCUCGGUGGAAGAGUCGUCGAAGGAGCGCUUCACAGGAUUUAAUAAAAAAAGAAGCUGAGAGAAAGAAAAUGGAAAGGUUAUUGUCUGGAGAUGGGACAAAUGAGCGCAGAAAAAGCAUCAAAACCUACCGAGAAAUUGUGGAAGAGAAAGAGAGAAGAGAGCGGGAGCUUCAUGAGGCAUACAAGAAUGCAAAGUCACAGGAGGAGGCUGAGAGCAUCCUCCAGCAGUACAUCGAAAGAUUCACUAUCAGUGAAGCUGUCCUUGAGCGUUUGCAGAUGCCAAAAAUUCUGGAAAGAAGCCAUUCAGUGGAGCCAAAUUCCCCACUGAAAGACCCAAAUCCUUUGAGAUAUUUAAGGCAACAGUCGCUGCCUGCUCCAAAAUUCACUGCCACCAUUGAAGCAACCAUUGUUCCCACCACUGAACUAGAGCCCAGUGGUUCGACGGGCCGCACAUCUCCCAGCAAAAGCGUUGUCUCCAAGGCUGUGCCUAUGCUGACACCCAAGCCUUACUCGCAACCCAAAAACACACAGGAAGUUUUAAAGAACUUUAAGGUAGAUGGAAAAGUCAGCGUGAAUGGAGAAAAUUUCAACGGCAUGGAAGAGAAGGAUAAAGAGUGUACAACAGUAAUAUUUACUCCUUCGCCAAGCAGAUCUCUUAAAUUUGAUGGAGUAGCCAGAGGGGACAGGCCCCCGGUGGAGUUGAAGAAGGACCCCACAAGUGUUGAGCUCAGUUUACAGAGGCCUGCCACUCAGAGUGUGCACAAAGAGCCAACAGCCUCCCCAGUGGAAGCGGAUAGUGCGGCCAGCCAGCAGGUCGAGGCCAGCCCUGGAAGCGCGGGACCUGGGAGCCCGGCCUGCCCGUCCCCAGGUGGGUUGCUGCUGGGGCUGCUGGUGGUGCUGGUGCUGGUGCUGCCCUCACCCCUGCCUUUGCCCACCGGUUCAGAUCAAAAGCAAUUCAAGUCAACUGCAGCUUGUGCCAGCCCUGUUGUGAAAAGAUUAGAAUUUCUUCCCAGUCCUGUCCCUUCAGAGGAAGCUGUUUCAAGUGAGAAAGAUAUGAAGAAACCUGAAAUGGAGCAGCAGAAGGAAGCAGAGCUUCCUGCUACACCAGAGGUGAUGAAACCAAAAGCCCUGGAUCAAGAGGGGAGUGUAGUAUUGCCAUUUUUAAAGAAAUUACCCGAGACCAGCCAAGUUACUCUGCAGAAUUCUGGUCUACCAGAGCCGCCCCGCGGGGCCACGGUUCCGCUUAGGGUUCGCAACAACUGGCGGCGCUCACAGUUUUUCUCGCAGUCAGCUGAUUCUGAUAGUGGUGACAAAUCAAACCUUGGUUUUCCUUCACACAAGCGUUUCAAUUUUUGGUCCUGGGAUCCAGAAGAAGAGCGAAAGCGCCAGGAAAGGUGGCAGCAUGAGCAAGAACGCUUGCUUCAGGAGAAGUAUCAGAAGGAGCAGGACAAGCUGAAAGAGGAAUGGGAAAAAGCCCAGAGAGAAGUUGAAGAGGAGGAGCGUAGAUACUAUGAGGAGGAACGUAAGAUAAUUGAGGAUACUGUAGUUCCAUUCAUUGUUUCUUCAAACUCUGCUGAGCUCCUCUCCUCUUCUUCCUCUACCACUGAAGGAAACAAGACAGCGAACUCAACUGAUUCAAACAGCUCUCCGGAGGAAGGCAAACAAAAAGAAGUUACAAGGCAGAAAAAGCUGCUCUGGGAGCAGGAGAGUAUGCCAUCUCUGAAAAGCAAGGAAAAUGAACUCUGGCAAGAAAAGAGGAGUGGAAAUAAAGUGCUCUCAGGACACCCAGAGACGGGUAUCUUGAAAGGAGGUGAACAGGAGCACCAGCUGCCGGUGAUGGAGCGCAGCUCGCCUGCCAGGCUGAAUCUGCCGUUGACUCAGGACAUCUCCUGGAAUCAGCAGUUGCUGACAAAGCAGUCCCCACAUCACACAGAGGACAUUCGGCAGAGACCGUUCCUGGGCCAGAGUGUGGGACAACAGCCAAGCUCCACAGGGGAAACGAAGAGGGCAGGCUAUCAUGAGAACUUCCGAUCUGGGCCAUCGUCUCCCUGCUCCCCUGCUGCUCCGAGUCAGUCACCCAACAGGUCCGUCAGCGGAAAGAAGCUUUGUUCUACCUGUGGGCUUCCUCUUGGAAAAGGAGCUGCCAUGAUUAUUGAAACACUUGGUCUUUAUUUCCAUAUUCAGUGCUUCAGGUGUGGCAUUUGCAAGGGACAGCUGGGAGACGCAGCAAGUGGGACAGAUGUCAGGAUUAGAAAUGGUCUUCUUAACUGCAACGAUUGUUAUAUCCGGUCCAGAACUGCUGGACAGCCAACUACAUUGUGACAUGACUUUCAGUCCUAAUAACUUUCAAGAAGGAACUCUCUUCUCAUAUGUAUCAGCUGCCUCCAGACAAUCACUUGUAAGAGCUUGAAUCCAUGGACAUCAUGGCUCUCAUCUCAUUUUGAAAAACUCAUAAAAACGCUGCACCUGCUCUUUUAAAAUGCAGUAUGUUGGUUUUUCCCUUUCUUAAGAAAUUUGCAAAAUAUGUAUGACCAUGUUUGGGAAGGCAAAGCCUAAGUACUAUAAAAAAAAAAUCCCACCUUUCAGGUAUGCUUAUGAUUUCCAGUCUGUUACCUUGUUCUUUUGAAAGUAAUAAGAAAAUAAACAUGCAAUAAAGCUGUUUUGUUUUAAUAUUUCUAGGAAUUAAAAAGUUUAAGUUUACAGAACCUUUAUAGAAUAUGCCAACUUGAGCUGAGAAGUAAUUUUAAGAUAGUAUCUAAUCAGUGCAUUUGAAAAACUAAACAUCACAGCACGACUUCUCUGUUAUGACUGAAGCUAUAACUUUUUUUAUACAGAGACUAGUUUGAUAAUACAUCCUGUAAUUCUGAAGCAUUUUGUGUUUAUAUGACCUUCAGUGGAGGGUAGGAGUUAUACAAAUAAAUUAUUGCACCUUUAGUGAUAGGAUUUUUUUGUUUGUGUACCUCAAGUAAUGUUCAUGACUAUAGCUUAAUAUUCUCUCAAAUAAAGAUUUCUUCAUUAAACCUAAAGACUGUAUACCGUUAACGACGGCAAGAUUCCCAUUAGGAGCAAUCCUUCUUACUAAGUCAGCAGCCCAUGUUGUUAUUAAACUCGAUGAAAGGUGAUGUGGGGGAGAGGUGGCUGAGUGGGCGGACAGAGCCGAAUUGUGAGUCUCCAAGCUGCGGUUUGAUGCUAUGGUGAAGCUUUUCUCUUUGGCGUGUAACUUGCCCAUUGACGGUCU